CGUGACGAAAGACGAACGUUUACACGUGUUAGUUUUGUGCUCUAAAAAAUUCUUGUUGUUACUGUAUUAUUUUCUGGGUUUUACAACUUUACAGUACAAAAUGCCGCAGGAUACUUUUCCUCUGUAUCCAAAUCCUAACGAAGCUAUGACAAAAGACAAUUAUGGCAAUAAUCCUCUACCUGCGCAGUCGGCGACAGGCGUCUCAUCACCGGUUGUGCUUUUGGGCCCAGAAAACUGCGUGACGACUUGUCCGUUCUGUCAAGCGUCCAUUAAGACCGCUGUGCGUCAUACCAUUACGAGCCGGACACAUCUUACUGCACUUCUUUGUACAUUGUUAUGUUGUUGCUGUUGCAUCCCGUAUUGCAUGGAAUCGACGAAGAACUCUGACCACUACUGUCCUGCUUGCCAAAAAUAUCUCGGCACUUAUGAGAAGUAAACGUUCAUCACGUUCAUUUAAUUCUUUUUCUUGCAUUUUUAUAUAGGAAUAAGGUAAGAGAAUCCAAUGUAAUUUUUAAAAUUUAGGCUAGUGUUAUAACUUAAUGGCAGCAAAGAGUAGUCGGUUAUCUGCAAAACCAUGAUUUUACAGUAGAGCGUUUUGAAAGAAAAAAACUUUUUUUUGUAGUAGACGGAAUUAGCUAAAAUUUUGAGAAAUUAGUCAAUAUAAAAAGCUGAUUUCUGAAGGAUAUUUAGAAUAUAGUAUAUAUUCUAUAGUAUGUAUCAGACCCUUUUCUGUCGAAUACUGGCUCAAAUCAACGAACUCUUGUCUGAUAAUCCUGUAGUGACAUGUAUGAGAUUGGGAGGAAGAACAUCUUAAAUAAUUGUAUAUGCUUUGCGAGAAGAAUGAAUGCGAGUCCAUCUGUUCAUAAUUGUUGUCUUCUAUAUCAUGGUUUUUGUUUUAUUAUUAUUAUUGUUCUUGCUUAUUACUGUAUAUGUUGUAAGUGUUCUACGGACAUACCCCGUUGUAAUAGCAAUAAAUAAAUAAAUGUUUUUCUCUCAAGUUUUUAUUUUCAAAAUGCUUCACUGUAAAAUCGUGAUUUGUCAAGUACAACCGGUCAUUCUUUGCUGCCGUCGAAUUGCGUUUAUGGCCGCGUGGGUAAUAACCGGAUAAUCGGCGCGGAUUGUCUAAAAUCCGACAUCAGUCUUGCUCACGGCGGGGUGACAGAUAAUAUUGGUUCUUCACAUUGACGUACUGUAAAGACUAGGUUACGGCUUGAAUUAUAGAGCAAGUUGGCCUGGUCAGUAUAAGUACUGCUGUACAUAUACUUGCACAAUGUAUCAACUGCUCAAUAUCCUGUCUACAUGUAUCUGUUCAUUGUCAACUCCUGAUAAUCGCAACGCUGAUACGAGGACUAUGACCAUACACACAAUGGAUAUGCACACACUCCGCUUACAUAUAGGGUUAUUUGUAAUAUACUAACAACCUUUCAGGAUUACUAACAUAAGCAACAACUUUUUUUCCAUCCCUUAAAUAAUUCUUCAGAU